AUGAACGAAUAUGCGAUGCUAGUUGUGGAAACGUUGUCGAGACUUCAAAAGGAGGUGCGGUGUGGAAUUUGGUUAGUUUUUUGAGCGGGAAAUUCAAGAAAUUUUAUUUUUCUUACAAAAAUUGUAGGAAAAUUUGAAUUUUCUAGUUUAGCGCGGGGAAGUUUUAAAGGGACAUGAGAUUUUCGCAUCGGGGCCGAGAAAAUUUGAGUCUUCUCAUGAAAAAUUCAAAUUUCGCGCGAAAACUAUUAAUGCUCCUUCGAAAUAUUUGCAAAGCGCUUCAAGACCCAUGCCAUGUACCUUUAAAUUCCUAUACAAAAAUUUUCGCCCCGAAACCCGAAUUUUCUCUAUUUUCAGCUGCUCCACAUAUUCUGACCCAGUUAUCACAACUUGCCAACACAGUUUCUGUCGAAAAUGUCUCGAACUUUGCUUCGAAAAAAAGCGCAAACUCUUCUGCCCAAUUUGUCGAAGUGUUUUGGACAAACGUAGUUGCAAAGACAGUUAUCAACUCACAAUUGCCGUGCAAAAUUAUCUGAAACUCGCAGAAGCCUAUGCUAGAGACAAGGAUAUUGCAGAGACGCAGAGUUUUGCCGCGAUUCCGAAAGAACUUGCGUUUUGUGAGAGUCAGAGACCGAUGGAUAUUACAAUUAUACCGGAGAAUGAUGGGAAACGCGUGGCGCCUGAUUUUAUAAUACCCGCGUUGCCGACACGCACGCGGAAGAAGAGCGGAGCGGCUGCGUCGCGUACAAGUCUUGGAGCUUCGAGUGUGCCGCAAGCACUCAUAGACCCUCCCCCAAUUCUUGCGCCCCCAGGACCUUCACGGCCAGCCGCUCCACGAGCUCCUGAACCACCCAAAACCAACUCAGUAUCUACCCAAGCUGACCUAGACCUUGCUCAUGUUAACAUCACCGAAGAAAUCCGAAAAAUCCCCGCUACGGACGAAAUUUCGGCACUUUUCCAACUUUUGCCCAGUCUCGAAGUGGUCUUGGCACGAAAUUUCGAAAUUUUAGCGCGAAAAUUUGGCGGGAAGGAGAACAAUUUGACUGCGGGACGAAAAGUGCUCGCGGAAAAAGUUGCUCCUCAAGUUUGCUCUGCGGAGCCGGAAAAUCUAGAGAAACCCGCGGAAAACGAGGAUGAUGAGGAGGAGGAAAUUGUGGAGGAUUCGAAUCCGGAGCAACUCGAGAUUUUGGAGCCCGUGAAAAAUGAGCACGUGGUGGCUGCGCAGGUUGAAGAAGAGGAAGAAGGAGAGAAUACACUGCAUAUUGAUGUCACAUCGCUUUCGAGCUGUGUUAAUGAGGAUGUUUCGAGAAGGAGAAGCGAUUGGGAUGGAACUAUGCAAGCUAUACAAAGUGCGUGAGCAAAAUUGAGUUUUCUUCGGGUCCUGGGACGAAAUUCGGAUGAAAAAUCGGAUUUUUUUGAUACUAAAUAGGAUUUCUGUCCAAAAUUUCGCUCAAAAAAUCGUAUUUUUCAUGAAAUUUACGUGCCGGAGCCUUAAAAUUCGAUUCUUUUGGUCCCGCCACGAAAAUAUGGUGAAAAAUGCGAUUUUUUGAUAUUAAAUGAUGCUUGGGACCGGAAAAAUUGGAUUUUUCGGGUCCCGGGACGAAAUUUGAAUGAAAAAUCGGAUUUUUUUGAUACUAAACAGGAUUUUUGUUGAAAAUUUCGCUAUGGCACCUCAAAAAAAUCAUAUUUUCCAUGCAAUUUACGUUCCGGAACCUUUAAAAUUCGAUUUUUUGGGUCCCGCCACGAAAAUAUACGAUUUUUAACUCCUAAUGAGCCUGAGACCUUGAAAAUCAUAUAUUUCCUGCUUUUUUUGGGUCUCACCACGAAAAUCCAGAGAUUUUGACUCCAAAUUUGAAUUUUCCCAUGAAAAUCUGCAUUUUCUCGUCAAACACACCGAAUUCCACGACAAAAUGCAGACCUAUCCCCAAAACCAACCAAAAAAUCGAUUUUCCACCAAUUUCUGUACUGACGCGAUUUUAGUAGCUCAUUUUUAAUGAGAAAUGAGCGAAAAUCGAUUUUUUUUUGUUACAAUUAGAAAAAUCCACGUCAUAGGUCACGUUAGAAUACAAAAUUUGCGUCAACAAAAAUUUUGCUGACGCAGUUUUUGUAGAUCCCAAAAUCAAUUUUGCAGACGAACAAGAUCGAAUCGAUUUGGAGCUGUCAAAUCCGCCAAAAGUCAUCGCAUGCUCUCGCAUUUCCAACAACCAAGACGAAGUAGUUUGAGCAUGCCUAGAAUUAACCUGAUUCCCAAUUUUUCCCCAUGAUUUCAGGAACUUUUGGCCGAUUUUCACGCGAAAUUCCUAUCAAAUUCAUGUCGAUUUUCCGAUGAUGUUGAUGAAAAAACAACGCAUUUGGUGAUGAUGAAUAGUGGUGAGGUUUUGGGGUGAAAAAUAGGCUGAAAUUCAUGAAAUUUCAUCAAAAACUACCUGAAAAUCCUUGAAAUUCACAAAUUUUGGACACCAAAAAAAUUCCCAAAAAGUUUAAAUCGAAUUUUUCCCCGGGGAAAAAUUCGUUUUUUCUCGCUUCGCGCGAAAAAAUGACGUUUUUCCUGUUUUGUUUUCUUCUUUCUGAACAACAAAAAAAGAGAUUUUUGGCCCCGAAAUAAGGAGAAUGGGGAUUUUUUGGUGGGAAAUUUGAAAUUUUGAAUUUCGCGUUUAAAUUUGAGCUACAGUACCUGAAGGUUUUUAGCACCAAAACAUAAUUUUUGAAAACUUCAUUCUCACGUCAUACAUAAAAUAAGUCCCCCGAGUCAGUUGUCAAAGUUAGGGUCCCUCCUUGAAAAUUUUCCAAAGUUAAACACCUUCCUCACAUUUUUGAGCGAAUUUUGGACAAAUCUGGGAAUUUUGGUAAAUUAUCAGCAGAAAAUUGGCCAAGUUAGGAACCCUUCCUUUCAGAUUUUUGAAAAAAGUUAAGCCCCUCACCCCGAUUCUGGGGACCCAUUUUAUGUAUGUCUCACGUUCAAAAUCUCACCUACAGUACUCCUACAGUAACCCAAAUUAAAUUAUUUUUUUUCUCUCACAGAAGGUCGUUCAAUUCCCCAAAAAUCGCUUCUCUACACAUUUGCCGUGGCUCGUGGCUGCAUAAUUUUGAAUCGAAAUUGGAUUGAGGAUUGUGUCAAAAUGUGCACUAUUGUGGAUGAGGUGAGCCCAUUUUUGGAUUUUAAAGGGACAUAUCGUAGUCGAGAUGUGAAAAAUCGGGAAAAUUGUGGAAUUUUGAAGGGGCAUACAGUACUUAUCGAGGAGUUUAAAGGAACACAAAUAUUAAUCAACAAAUUUUAAAGGAACAUACAGUACCUUCCCCACAAAAUUCCUGAUUUUUUGCUCAAUCUCUGAUCGUUUUCUGUCAAAUUUAUCAGUUUUUUCUGCUCUUGCUGACACCAUUUUUUUUGUUGGGGAAAAUAUAGUUUUUUUGUUUGAAAACAGCCCAUGUUUUAUCAGUUGUUUAUUUUGUUUUUUUGGAGCACUGGGCACCAGAAAAUGCACAAAGAAUGAGCAGACGAAAUUUGAUUUUUCAAUAUUUAAUUUUAGGUUGGAAAUUUGGUACGGGAGGGGUACGGUAUGCGCCUUUAAAAGUUUGGAAAAAUCAUUUGGAACAUCUGGUAUUACUGUAUGUCCCUUUAAGAUUUCAAUAAAUACUUUGAUAAUUCCAGGAUUACUGUACGUUCCUUUAAUAUUCAAUAAAUACAGUUGUGCUGUUUUAAAACCUUCAGGAUUACUGUAUGAGCCUUUCAACAUUAUUUGUAGAAAUGUUGAAAUGUUCCUUUAAUAUCUGAAAGAUUACUGUAUGAUCCUUUUAUUGUCUUAUUGCUUCAAAACGUCUAGAAUUACUGUAUGUUCCUUUAAAAAUCCCAGAAUUUUUUUUCCAAAAAGUACAUUAUUUUGCACUGAACUAAAAUUCAAAUACAUAAUUAACUAAAUUUUCAAUUUCCAUCAAAAUUUCAGCCAAUUUUGUGCAAAAACUUCAGCAGACAGCAACUUUUUUCUCAGAAAAAACUGAACUAUUUUUGCACGUGAAGACCACAUUCUUUGAAUAAUAAUAGGCAUCAUUUUUAUCAGUCGCCCCAUUUUUUUGGAGCAGCAAAUUUGAGAUCAGAAGACUUUUUUGGAGGGGGAAAAAUUGGAAGAAUGUGGGGGGUUUUAAAGGGAGGUACAGUAAUUUUGAGCUGGAAAAUGUGGAUUUCUGGACAAAUUUCAAGAUACAGUACUUUUUAACUUCCAAGAAAUGUUCAAAAAUUAAAUACAUUUUUAAAGGGAGGUACAGUAGUUUUGAAAGGAAAAUUUGAAUUUUUGACGAAUUUCAGUAGAAGUUCGGGUCUUUAAAGGGGCAUACUGAAAAUUUCGUUAAAAAUUAUAUUUUAAAGAAUAUUUAAAGGGAGAUACAGUAGUCUCCAGCUGAAAAUUUGAAUUUCAAUUACGACUGAGGGUUUUUAAAGGUACAUACCGUAUUCUUCCCUUCGAAAUCAAUUUUUUUUCUCAGAACGACUACACAAUUCUAGAAUGUCCGGAAAGUUUGGAGGAUUUUGGAGCUCGAAAAACACGUGGCGACAAAAUUUUGGGUGAGUUUUUGAAUUUUCAAAUUCAAAUUUUUGAAGUUUUCAAAAUUGAUUAAUUUCAGGUUGGCAAAAAUCGCGAGAAAUUCAGCUGAAAAUGCGCCCGAAAUUGUUCACCGACUUCAAAUUUAUGAUAAUCCGAAGAUUUGCAGCUUCACCCUAUGUCGAUUAUAAGGUACGGUAGUUUUUGGCGCGAAAAAUCUCAUUUUAACCCAAAUUUUCCUACAGAAACUCAUCGAUUUGGUGAAAAUUGGUGGCGGCGAAAUUUUCGAGAAUUUUGGUGCUGAUGCACCCAAAAAUCUGAUAAUAAUAUUCUCAAAAACCUCACAAUCGAUUGGAGAAUUUGAGAAAAUGGAGAAAUUGUAUCGAUGUCCCGUGAGUUUUUUUUUUUGUAGAAUUUUGGCAUUUUGAAUGUAAAUUUGAGAAUUUUGAAUUUAAAAAAUCUCAAUUCUCUGAAAAUUUCAGCUUUGAAAAUCUAAUUUUUAAGACUGAAAUUAAAUUUUGAACUUUUCUAGCUCUGAAAAUUUCAAGAAUCCAACAUUUUUAGUUCAUAAAAUCCCAAAUUUUCAAAGUUUUCAGCUCAAAUCCCAAAUUCAACAUUUUUUCCAGGUCGUAACAAUUGAAUGGCUUUUGGACAGCAUAAGUGAAUAUACAAUGUUACCGUAUUCCGAAUAUUUGGUCAAAAAACAAAUUUAG